GGGUCAUGUGUGAGAGACAACCACACAUUCAUGUUUCUCUUCCUCUCUUCUUCUCUUCCCCUCUCUAAAAAUAAAUAAAAUCUGAAAAAAUAAAUUAAAAAGUGAACAUGGGAGCGAAUGAAGAGCAUGGGCAUUGGGUAGUUAUCCAAAUAAGAGAUGAGGGUAGGGGCUAUAGAGAGGGAGAGAGUGGGAAGGGUCCAGAUUGCAGAGAAUGUGGAGUGAGGUUGUCAAUUUGGGAAGUUGAGAGAGUCUCAGGUGUUUGUAAAUUGGCCCUUCCCUAGCUUCUGUACUUUGUCUUGCCAGUUCCAACCUGGACCUUGCCAGGCCAAGCACCCUCAGCAUAGCCCCCACUGAGGUCGAGGACUUAACGGCACUCUGCAUGUCGGGCCUAUGCCAGCAGUGUUCACUGUCUAAUCCAAAACUGGGAAAGGCUUGAAAGCUUCAGAGAGAGCUGCUGGAGGGACACACAAAAGCCCUUUGUCCAGGCACCAGGGUGGUUCCCUGGAGGAAUGCUCUGGAGGCUGACCCCUCCCUGAAGGGCUUGGGGUGGGGUGGGGGUCCUCACCCAGAGCUGGUAUCCCUAUCAGCAGGAAGAACUACUUUGGGCCAAGGUUAGAUGGGGCCCCAGAAGUCUCCCCUGUAAGGAAGCAGCCCAGAAUUGUGGGGCACCAGGGCACACCCUCUGGAGAUUCCAGGGUCUUCUCACCACCCCAAUGGGGGAAUGGUUAUUCCUGAUCACAGAGGCUGUGUUUGCAGUAACUUAAUAAAUUGUAAAUUCAGAGGCAGCUCUCAAAACAGUCUUAGUCACCCCCACCACCAAGUGCUGGCAACUGUAGAGAUGGACCACCACAGAGAGGGGAACCUCCGGGGUGUGCCUGAGGUCCAGCUCUCCCAAACACAUAGAGGAAAGCUGGCAUUAUUCACUUAACACAAAUUUCCUCCUUGGGGACAUUGAGAGAUCUUUUCUCCACUGUAAGGAUGAAGCCGAUACUGAUGACAAGUGGUGUCAGUGCUCCAGGCAAAUUCCUGAGGCUCUCACCAAUCCCAGCAUUACACAGCACUGUGGGACAGCCUGGAGGGUGGGCCAGGCCUGGCGAGGAACUUUGAUGGCUCUUCCUUCUCCUCCUGCACUGCACUGGAAAGGGGCAGGAGGGCCUCAGGCAGCAGUCUCAGCCCCGCCCCCCUUCCCACCACUGCCUGUGUUCUCCCUCCUACCCUCCAAGCCUGUUUCUCCACCUAGAUCUUCAGUUUGGGGCCCAGUGAGAAAACAGAAAGACACAGGGGUAAGGCAGUGCUGCAAGGAUCUGGCCUCUCAAAGGCUGACGGGAACUCCAAUCAGUCUUCUGGGAGGGAGCCUCACUAUCAUCAGGCCAUGGCUAUGGCAGGCCCGCGGCACCCGGUGUCAGUACACGCAACAGCGCUGGUGCAGACAGAGAGGCUCCAACAGACAUUUGCCUUCUCUGUGCGCUGGUCAGACAACAGCAACACCUUCGUGCAAAGGAGCUGUGACGAGUUCAGGAGGCUUCACAAAACCCUCAAGGAGACCUUCCCGGUGGAGGCAGGCCUACUGCGGAGAUCCGACCGAGUUCUCCCCAAGCUUCCGGACGUAUCUGCAUUGCUGUUGGCACGUGGGGGGCGCACAGGCCGCAGCCUGGCACACCUGCGGUUGCUGGAGACCUAUUUGCAGAUGCUGCUGAUGGUAGAGCGUGUGUCUAGGGGACCAGCACUCACCAGCUUUUUUGAGCCGCGGCCUCAGGACCUGGAGCCUUCACUGCCACCUGGCAGCCUGGUGAUCUUGACUGUCCGGGAAGAGCCCCUCCCCUGCCCUGCCGGAAGCCUUGCCAUUGGCAGCAUGGUGACUUUGAGACUGCAUUCCCUGAAACCCUUUAGCACCCAUGACACAAGGGGCCAACCCUUUCUUGUUCGAGCCCAGGAGGGACUAGAAGUGCUGUUGCGACACCCCUCAGGCUGGUGGCUGGUAGCUAACGAAGACCAGCAGAUAGCAUGGUUUCCUGCUCCCUACUUGGAGGUGGCAGCCCUGGGCCAGAGACAAGAUGGGGGACAGCCCCUACAGGGUAGUGGGUCCCAGUUCUUUGUUUCCCGAGCCUAUGAUGGCAGCCAAGUGGACGAGCUGUCAGUGCCUGCAGGGGCAAGAGUGCAAGUGCUGGAAAUGUCAGACCGAGGCUGGUGGCUGUGCAGGUUCAGUGGACGCACAGGUCUUCUCCCCUCUGUGCUACUGCAGCCAGAUGGGCUAGGCUUGCUCCUGAACAGACCAGGACUCCACUCCGGGGCAGAGAGUAGGGAAGACAGGGUAGGGGAGGUCCAAUACUCCCCUCAGUAUCCCCAGGCUGUGACCCUUCCCCCUGCUGUGCCCACCCGCCCCCUGCAGAGUGCCAUUCAGAGGUGCUGCUGCACCAUUACCCGUAAUGCACUGGGGUGGGACCCACAGGGUCAGGGACCUCCUUGAGGGUGUGUGGAACUACAUGGAGGUUCCAGACCUCCAUGGAACUCCUGGAUUCCCCAGGGUAACUGACAGCAGCCACACCACCCUCAGGGCAGGGGAGGUGCAUUUGAGGUUGGGAAUCCCUGGCUGGCAGGGCCAGGGCGCUAUACUCUCCCAUUUCCUUUGAGUAAAGUUAUUCUGAUGAACCCA